CCGGAAUCACGCCGUUUUGCACGUUAAACCAAAUCCAGCGGUAGGACCCACCCCCGGCUGUCAAGCUAUCAGGCCGACAGGAGUGAACCGGAUAUCCGGGUGGAACCCACGCCGUGACCGCGGGAAGUUUCCCCCAUUGAACUCGAUGUUUCUUCGUCUCCCUCUCACCAGUCAGGACACGAAGUGCCAAAUGCCAAAGCGAACCGUUGUGCUAGUCUUCCCCCAGCCGUGUGAACUGACUUGAUCGGGUCAUGCUACUGGAAUGUCCACUUUCACGCGCCCUUACAUUCGGUCUCAGUCAGAGGGCUCCGUCUUCGGGGUGGGGCGUCCUCAUCUAAACCAUGAUCCUUCCCAAAGUUCUGCACAAAACCCGGCCCUGUUCGAAUGGCCCCAAUGCCUCGAUGCGGGAGGACUAUUUUUUGGCCCCAUUCCGGUGGUUAAAAACAACCAGCUUCCCGGGACCCUAACUUGACACGGUCCCCCGGACAUUGUCACAACUUUUUGCUCGCAGUCAUGACGCCGACAUACGCUCUGGAUGCUCCGCUGGCACGGAAUCCGGUCAUUGUCGUGACGGUCUUUGGUUUUCUCGCGACUUUCACCACUGCUUUACGUCUAUAUGCCCUGAAGUUGCGGCGGGUCCGGAUUGGGGCCCCCGAGAUUCUAAUCUUGGUCGCCUUGUUAAUUGUAUACAUCGAUAUCGCUAUCCAAUAUAUCCUCUCUAUCAAGGGCGGUGCAGGUCGACAUAUCGCCGAAGUGGACCCCCAGUCGGUAGUCAUAACACUCAAGACUAUCCUACCUCUCGAAGCCUUAUACGGCAUUGUCAUGGGCUUAGUCAAAACGUCAAUGAUGCUAUUCUUCAUGCGUAUUUUUGGCACCAAACGAAGCUUCCAGAUCAGCGUUGGCAUUGUGAUGACCAUCGUCUGGCUUUGGGCCAUCAGCGUUAUUCUAGAGACCGUGCUACUCUGCCGUCCGCUGGCCUUCAAUUGGGAUACAACGAUCCCCGGGGGCACCUGCGGAGACCGCAACGGGACGUAUGUUUCCGCCGGCGUGCUCAAUCUGGUGACGGACCUAAUGGUCAUGGCCCUUCCGGUGCCUCAUAUUUGGAAGCUACAGUUAAGCAUGGCCAAGAAAAUUGCACUGAGUCUUGUCUUUUGCAUGGGAUUACUUGUCUCUGUCAUCAGUAUCGUCCGCCUAUCAUCACUCAUGGCCAUCGACUUCAAGGACAUUACCCACUCCGUCCAGAUGGGAGUCAUGUGGACCGUGCUCGAGCCCGAGCUAGCCAUAAUCUGCGCCAACAUGCCGCUUAUGAAAACCAUCAUGGCACGCGCUUUCCCGGGGCUGUUUUCUACAGCCCAGGCCACGUACUCCGUCUCGCACGGGCAGGACUUCCAGCGCAUCCACGAACCCGGCGCCGCCAUCUACCCGAUGAAUCGCCUCGAUCAUGACCCCGUGAACACCCAAGUUUCCAGCGGCAGUAAUACGUCCGGCUCCCGGCCGUUCCGGAAUAAACGGGACCCCGACGCUGAUCUGUUCAUGACAACACGUACGGUGGACUUUGAGUCUGAUGAGCAGCAUCUCACUGGCCCUGGGGGUAUCGGCGUGAGCCAUCAGUUUGAUGUCAAAUAUGAUUACAAUCGUUCUUAA